GGCGGGAGGCGAGCGCGGCACCUGCAGCCAGAGGAAAUGCAAAAGGGGCGCAGCAACAGGUGCCGGAGGAGACUAGCGGAGGAAGGCGCGUUCCUUGCAGUUAGUCUCUCCUCCUCCAGAAAGAACAGCCAAAGAAAAGAGGGGGGAAGACCCAAAUAGACCUUUCCCAGAGGAAUCUUGUUGGCUUAGGAGUCGCGCCGCUAGGACAGGGCGGGGGACGUUUAUUCAGAGGCUCUGAGCAGGGAGAGGAGGCGCCAUGGCCUGGAAUUGGCAGUGUUGGCCACAUCAACUGUUUUUUGUCGGCCUCACCUGGUUCCCGGCAGGUUGUUUGGCCCUUCUGGUGACUGUGCCUGAAACUGAGCGUUACACAACUUUAUUUGCCUCUGUGACUCUCAGGUGUGACUACAGUACUUCAGCACCACUGCAGGAUGUGGGAGUUACCUGGCGCUUUAAGUCCUUCUGCAAGGAUCCCAUCCUUGACUAUUACUCUGCUGCUUAUCAGGCAGUCCUAGCUAUUGGGCAGGAUCCUUCCAAUGACUGCAAUGACAACCAACGGGAAGUGCGUAUUGUUGUUCAGAGAAGAGGGCAAAAUGAACCUGUGCUGGGCGUUGAUUAUAGACAGCGGAAGAUCACUAUCCGGAACCAAGCAGAUCUCGUGAUCAAUGAGGUGAUGUGGUGGGACCAUGGAGUCUAUUAUUGCACUGUUGAGGCUAUAGGAGAUACAACUGGUGACCCGGACAAAGAGGUCAAGCUUAUUGUACUAAAUUGGCUGACUGUGAUCUUUAUCAUCCUUGGGGGCCUCCUCCUCAUCAUACUGAUUGGAGUGUGCUGCUGCCAGUGCUGCCCUCAACAUUGUUGCUGCCAUGUCCGUUGCCCCUGCUGCCCAACCCGCUGCUGUUGUAACGAAAAAGUCAUGGAACGACACCGCUUCAUGAAGGAGGCUCAGCAACUUUUCCCAUGGAUGAUGCAACAGUCCCAGACAUCGACCUAUAAAAACAACCCACUUUUACAGCGAGAUGUAUCUCUACAGAGCAGUCAGCCACUGAUGCCUCCACUUGCUCAGAUGCCCCCCAACAACAAGGUUUUGGACUAUCUUGAAUCAGAGAUCAGGAACCUCAACGUGUCCCAGCCCCAACUUCCUCCACACCAUGUCCGGGGCAGUCAGCAUCCCAGUGUACUCUCUUCUCUGGGCUCAGAGAUUGUAGAACGCACAAUAAUCCAGCUACCUCCCAUCAUUGAGCAUUUCCCAUCCUUUCGGAGAACCAGCCAUUCAUCCCAUCCACAGCAGCCUGUUCAUCCUUCAGGCCCUUGGAGCCACACAAGUGAAGAAGAGAGGGAGGGUAGGAGGCGGCGUUUAUCUCUGGAUGAAGAUUGCCAUUCCAGUGAUGAUCAGGAAUCAUGGGACAGGCAUGGAAACCGUAGAGCUGAAAGGCGGAGAGACAGCAGCCGAUAUGGCAGGUCCCAGAGUUCCAGGCCAGAUGCAUUGCAUGGUAGGAACAGUCAUGAUUCCUAUCCAGAAGAGGCCAGAAGGGAAUACUCUGGCCGACAGCAUUCUGACAGGAGAUAUCGGCAUUCAGCCAGGCAGACUUAUCAACACCUCAGUCGGUGGGGCAGUGAUUCUGAUCACCGGGACCGCCGAUGUCGCAGCUAUUCUCCACCAUCACGUCGGGAGUCUUGGAGCUCAGCUGAUGAGGAGUAUGAUCGCAUCCGGGGAAACAGGCAACAUCGCCGCCAGCACCACUCUUCAGACUGGCCGGAGGACAAACCUCCUAGUUAUUGCUCAGUAGAAACAAUCCCAGUGAAAGGCAGCAAAGUCAGAAGCCCAGUGGAACCACAAUCGGAAAAAGGCAGUUCUCGCAGUGGGAGGAGUGUUGUCAUUUAGCUUUCUUGCUUUGCUCCUUUGUCGUGUAGUGGCUUCAUCUCUCUGAACCAGAGGGGUUCAUAUUUGGCUCAAGCAGUAACUGCAAAGUGAAACAAGCCAGCAUGAGAAUUGUGCCUCCCCGUCACCUUUAAUCCAUACCCCCUCAUCUUGGAUGUUUUGAUUUCCAGUGGUCUUACACAAUGGUUUAUGAAAAGAUUAUUCCUUCAUGAAAACGUAACUUUACUGAAAAAGCAGGAAUGGAAUAGAGUUACUUGCCCUCCAGGGGAAUACACUAUGGAUAGCUCAAGAGCCAGCCUUUUCAACCCCAGAUCACUUAGUGACACUCUUGUCACAGAGGCUGUAACAUCUUAGAGACAAGAUCUUUGACUGUACAUGCUGACAGGAUCUACCUCUAAGUUGGCAUAACUUUGGCUGGAUCAUCCCUAAUGUUAAGCACUUCUAGACCUACGAUCCUCUGCAUUCAUACUUAGAAAUAAGCCCAACAGAAAAAGGAACGUACUUCUAAGUAAACAUUGUUAGGGUUGGGCUUCAUCAAAUACUGAUGCUUUAAAUGGGACUUUAAAAUGCUUAACUCUGCUGAUGUGUCCGGUGCAGACAGAGGGGAUGCUUGAGAAGCAAAUCCUCAUUUAAUCUUUCUUUCAAAGGAAGCAAAGACACUUUGGAGGGGGUGGAAUAAGUGUUAUUAGGUUUGGUGAGUGGGGGGAGUUCAGUACUCUUCAAAUGAAAUGCACCCCUGGGAGAAACAAAACAAGAUAGGUAUGUUUUUCUUAUGUGCCAUACAUUUUCUUUCAAAAAUUUUUAGAAUAUUAAUCCACUCACUUCCUGCAAGGUACUGAAAGCACCCAAAUAAGAGGCCUUGCACUACAAGUGGUUCCUAAAUACUUCUGUACUCAACAAAUAUUUAUAUAUCACUUUUCAACAGAAGUUCCCAAAGCAGUUUACAUAAAUAAAUAAAAUAGCUCCCUGACUCCAAAGGGCUCACAAUCUAAAACAACAGCAGCAACAUAAAACAGCCACUGGAGGGAUGCUGUGCUGGAGAUGGAUAGGUUCAGUUGCUCUCCCCCCUGCUAAAUCACCACUUUUAAAUGGUGCCUCUUUGCUCAGUUAGCAGGGGAGAGACACAAGGUAUAAGAGAAGGCUAUUUCUGGAGAACUCCUUUUUUUUUUAAACAUCCCACAUUCUCUUUAUUUAUUUUUUGCUCUGUCUCCUGCUGAAGCAAUGAACAGGUCCUUGAAAGAAAAUUUUUCCACUUUUAACAUCCUAUCCCUUGCUAUUGCCACCUUGUUACUGCUGUUAGUAGACUGACUUUUACUCUGGACAUUGCAUUGUUUUUCCAAAAUGUGUUGCUGAAUUAAUCUGCAGAGUGCUGUGGUAUUAAGAAACUUGCUGGUCAGUCACUUCAUGUAUGAGCAAAAAAGAAAGAGUCUGACUGCAGAUUAGUUAUAACAAGAGUUUUGGUUCAUUGCAUCAGAAAAAGUGGAAACAAGCUUACUAAAAAUUGUAUUCUAUUAGGUAGGGAGUUUAACCUGCCCUAACAGUAAAACAGAAAACUAAUUACAGUGGGGAGGGCAAGGAGAUGGUUGACACUGUGUAGAGUGAAGUGCCUCACUUUAGCAACUGGAAUAUCCAUCCAAAUCCCUUUUGGUUUCUGAAAGAUUAGAAAGCAUUGCCUUCUAUAAUAAUCUAAAAAUUUCUCUGUAUAAAAAUAUAUUUUUAGAAAUGAGAAUUGGGAGUCUCGAGUUUAAAAAUAGAUGUAGUGCAAUGGAAAUCAGCUUCUACCAUUUUGUAAUGCAUGCAUGCCCAUAUAGAUAUGGGCUGACAUCCCAACUAACAAAGCGGGCAUGCUUCAAGGUCCUGUGGGGAUGUGUUGGGGAGCCCUCAUGCAUCUCCUCCCUCCCAUCUCCCUGCAUGCUCGCUGUUGCGUUAGAGUCCUUAGAGUUUGGGACACUCCCCAUCCUCCAGGAGAAGUCUGCAAGAUCAGAAACACAUCGCUGACCCUCAGCAACAUAUUUCCAAUCCUGCAGAGCCCUUCUGGAGUGCUAGAGUGAUAAGGGCUCUGGCACAACAAAGAGAGUUGCACAAGGGCUCUCAGCGCAUCUCCACAGUGCCUUGAAGAGCGCCCACCAGGAUGCCAGCCACUGUGUCUCUUUGUAAUUCAGUGUGAUUAACUUACAUUUUAACUGUGUGUCAUAAAAGAAGUACAUAGCACCCUAGUUUAAUAAUAAUGCAAUGAAUGGGACAUCUGCUGCUUGGUCAGGUUCUGGUUUUUACAGAACCUGACCAAGCAUAUUCUAGGCAUAUUUUGCCUAAUCUAAUCAGGCAAAAUGAUUAGAUUACAGUCAAACCUGAAUUUACAACAAAGACAAAACAAGCAAAGUAUCACCAGCCAGUUUGCAAUCUGUUUCCAUGGAAGGGUUAAAUAGCUGAAAAAAUACAUAGUUAAUUUUUAACAAAAGGCUUGUGUAUUGGGGGGAGACAUUUCUUACAUAAUAAAAAUUGGACUUUGCAAAUGUCUAAGUUUGUGUUUAAUAAGCAAUUCCGCUUCUGUGUGAUUCAAGUGAUCUAAGUUAUUUCACCUAAGGGCUGCCCAUGUGGCCAGUUCAGAACUU